AAAAGAGAAAAGGAAAACUGAUAAUCAACCGCGAACGGAGAAACACUCGAAGCGAGGGGAAAGUGAACCGUUUCGUUGCUCCGGUAACUUGCAACUAGGGUUCCAUCGGAGUUCAUUUUCGGCUGCCGGCGAGAGUCCUCCUCCGACCUUUAGAUUAUCGCAUUGCUGUGUUCGUCGUUGCCUCCGUCGGCAAGUGAGGGUUUCUUCGGAGUUCGAAUUCGGCAGCCGAGGAUGGCUGAAGUUGAUGAACCGAGCAGGAAUGAAUUCCAGUGGCUACAAAAGCGAUCGAUGGGUGGAAAGAAUAAUGACGUCCAGUUUUAUGAGUCCUUCAUGUAUGAUGGCAUGAAAUAUAGAUUGUAUGACUCGGUGUAUAUGUACCGAGCAGACUGUGACGAGCCUGAGAUAGGGAAGCUGGUGAGACUGUGGGAGACUCCUCAAGGCCGUAAACUAUGUACGAUCUUGUGGUACUUUCGCCCUCGCGAUAUUACAUAUUACUUGAGAGGGGAGACCUUUCUGGAGAAUGAACUGCUUUUGGCAGCCGGGGUGGGGGUAGGGCUUUCUGAUGUUAAUCCCGUGGAAGCCAUUGCGGGAAAAUGCAAAGUGGUAUGCACUUCAAGCGAUCGUAGGAAUCGUCAACCCUUAGAGGAAGAGAUCAUCGGUGCAGACUAUGUCUUUCACCGGGCCUUUGAUGUAGGGAGUUGCGAGAUUGUGGAAAAGAUGGAUAAUAAAAUUGCUAAAGUGGAGACUAAAUAUUUGUUUAAUAGAGAGAGUAGGAGGACUAAACCCUCCACAAUUACGAGAACUGUGGAAAACUCUAAAAGUUCAAAGGAUGUACCCAAGAAUAAAGAAGGUCUUAAGAAGCGAAAACUGGAAGGAGAGCAUAAUAGGCUUGCUAGUGCAAAGUUGCCUAAACCAUCACCAGUCCAAUCUACCGAUGAAAGGAAAAGGGUUGAUAAUCAAGGGUCUGAAGCCAUUAGCAUUGAGGAAAGAAGAUCAAGAUGGUGCAAAGAACAACCUUGGGAUGAAGCAAUGGAAGAUGGGUAUGAGAAUGGAAGUCUCGUUCUCCUUCUAAACUUGGAACCAUCAUACACAUCAGACGAGGUGAAGGAGUUGAUCAAGGAUGCUCUGAAGGAAAAUUGCUCUGCAAAGAUGGUUCAGCGGACAGCUCUUUCCAGCCCUAAUUUCGGUCAAGCUUUUGUCAAAUUCUCGUCAAAGGAAGUGGCAGGAAGGGUGGUUGCGAAAUUGGACAGGCAUUGUUUGGUGUUACCUGGUGGAAGGGUCCUUGUGGCUAGGCUAGCCUCUAGUGCUUUUAAAGGAAAACAGUCACCUUUUUUUGGUCAUUUUGGUAUUGAUAAACUGAAACACCAAACUCAUCGUGACAAGAGAGAGGCUGUGUCUACUUCUCAUUGUUCGCAACCCAAUACAAUUGAGCAUGAAAUGGCUAUUGACUGGGCUGUGCAUCAAGCAAGAGUGAAUCUAACAUGGGAAGCCAUACACAAGCAACAAGGUGAGGAACUGAAGGUACUUAUAGAUCGUUUUAAGUCUACUGAGUGAGGGAUGGUGCUCCUGUUUCGUCAACUUUUUGGUAAGUACUUCAGUUUGUUUGCAGGUCAGAAUGUAAAUGAACUUUCUCAGGGUCGAAGGAGAAUUUCUUGGGACCGAAUGUGAAUUCAUGUGCAGCGGAAGGUAGUGGCCCUAAUGUGAAGCAAACUCUCCGCCCUCGGCAACUUCACUAUUUUGCCUGAACGGCUCGAACUACUCUGCUCAGGGGAGAUGGAGGAUGGUAUGAACUUUCUAUUCCAUCUAGUUGUAGAUAACGUGGUGGUUUAUUUCUGCUGUUAUUUUGAACUUCUGCUGCCCAGUUAGUUAGCCUUCAAUCUCCUUUUUCUCUUCAUCUUCCGGCGGCAGCUUUCUGAAUUUAGUGAUUGCUAGUUGAUCACUGUUUGACUAAUGGAAAUCUCGUCUUAGAAUUCAGAAUAAGUUCCGUUAAUUUAGAGCAUAAACUGCAGGCUUGCUCGACUUCUAAGAGCAUGCCUUUAAGCCAAUAUGAGGGGGAUUUGGGGCUGUCGCAUAAGCCAAUUGUGGUUGGCUUUAUGCUUUUAUCUUGAGUAUCCCUUCCAAAGGCCACUAAGCUCUUGAGAAUUAGCAAGGGCUUUAUUGCCCCUUCUUGAGAAGGUCUUUUGGGGAUUACUGGUUGUUUUCGUUAAAAGAGUAGUUCAUGUCAUUAUGUUUUGGUACCUAAAUGUUUUACUAUGACAUUUUAGUAACUAGACUUAUCAAAAUUUACAUAUUGGUUCAAAGCUUGGAUAUCAUUUGGAUGAAUGAGUCUACAAAUCCAUAUGAUUCAAUCCAUGUAUCCACAAAUCCAGUUGAUCCAUAGAUCUAUCAAUCCAAUCCAUCAAUUCAUGAGAAUUCAAUCCAUUUGUCACAUCUACUUCUAGCUAAU